AUGCCGGAGAAAAGUAGUGAUGAAGGCACGAAUAAUCAUAUGCUCGCAAAAAGGCUUAGUGUAGAUGUAAUCGCGGCUGCCUUGGCUGCUUUCAGUGUCUCUCCAUUCAUAAAGAUUAUCGACAA